UACACCGGAUGUUCCACCUGAACAGGUCUAUAUUUGAAUUGGUGGAAUCUCAUAACUACCUGGAAUUAACUGACCAAAGGCUGCUGCAGUGGUACCUCUGUUUGAAUUUUGAAGACAGAAAGAUUAUACAAGAUGAAGGAGGGUUUCACUGGUUCUUGGUGAAACAUCCUUCCCUGGAGCUGUCUCUGCAACAUGUUUAUGUGAAGCAUUGUCAUAGUGUCAUGCCUCUGCUGCCAAACAUGACACCCAACAGGCCUAUGCAUGUCUCACCGUAA